AUGCGAACAGGGAGGGACAGUGAAGUGCGGACGCAGAAGAAGGUUGAGGAAGCCCUACGAAGCAAGAUGAAGGAGCGAGCACUCAAAGAGUGUGCGCGAGAGAUAGAGGCAUAUGCUGACUGUGUGCGCGGGCGUGUGUUCUCCAUCGUGUGGGCGUGCCGGGCACACGCCACCGAAUUGAACGAGUGCCUUCAUCAGUACACCAACGAUGCAGUGUUGGAUCAGUACAAGCGGGACUACAUGGCACAGCAGCAGCAACUGCAGCAGCAGCAGCAGCAGCAGCAGCAGAAGCAGAAGCAGCAGCCGGAGCGACAACAACAAUAG